AUGACUGCUCUUCGAGUUUUUCCAUUUAUUGGUGCAUUCAUUUCUAUUACUGCCGUCGCUUUGGCAGUUGUAGGUGUAUCAACUACUUAUUGGUUCUCAAGUUCACUUGGUGCACAUAUGGGUCUUUGGCAAAAUUGCGUUGGUUCAAUUUGUACAAAAAGUGAUGGUGGACGACCAGCAUUUUUCGCUCUUACUGCUGUCAUUGCUAUGAGUUUAGCUGCUCUCUUGGCUAUUUUCAGUGGUUUAGCACGAGAUAAAUCAGAUUCAGGCAACAAUAUGGCUCGUCUCUGUGGUAUUCUAUCAGUUAUUUUACUUUUUUCAAGUGGUAUUCUUAUUGCUGCAUCACUUUAUGCCUAUACCAGUGCAAAAAAUACUACGGGCUAUUCGUUUACAUUCAUGGCUAUUGCUCAAUUUUUAAGUUUUUUGGCUGCUAUAUUAGUUGCACAUUGGAUGGGACAUUCAUUUACUGUUGCCAGUUCAAUGAAAUAG